GCCGGGCUGACUCCACAGCGAGCUUUGGAGAGGCUGGUGUUAGACUACAGUGCUUAAAAAAGUGCCCCAAAACUCCCGGCCCUAAGAUACACAUGCACACACACACUCCUCCUAGAAUCCCCCCUCUCCUCCAUCACAGUGCUGUAGAGUCCUGAGCAUGGGGAAACACCUUCCCACCACUGGACACACACUCUUACUCAGUGGACACACACACUCUUCUACUCUUUGAGCGUGUGGACAUACACACUCCUACUCACAGAGCGUUUGAUGGUGAGAAGAGCCUUGACACCGUGAAGCGCAUACCGGUACUUCAGUUUCUCCUGAAAUCAGCCCUGGGCCUGGGAGAGAGAGAUCGAGGAGCGAGAUCUCUCCAUCACCAGAUCUUCAGGAUGAAUAAAACGUGGACAACUGUGCCACCGUGUGUGUCGUGGAAGAGGCCGUAGAGCAGAUUCUGGCGAACCCUGACCCCUGUGGUGUGGGGGGGUGAGUUCGGGGCAAUGCGCUGCCCCACCCUGCUGGCCCUGCUGGCGGGGGUCAUGCUGUACCUGGUGAUGGGGGCGUUGGUGUUCCGGAACUUGGAAAGCCCGAAGGAGAGCAAGGAGCAUGAGAAGCUGCUCUGCACCACACGUGACUUCCUCGGGAACCACUCAUGUGUCACUGCACAGAACCUCAGCGACCUCAUAAAGAGUGUGGUGAAGGCGGUGGAGGCAGGACUGGACGUAAAACACAGCUCCACCAACUUCACUAGUAGGUGGGACCUGGCCAGCGCCUUCUUCUUUUGUGGUACCAUCAUCACCACCAUUGGGUUUGGUAACCUGUCUCCCAGGACCAAAUGGGGCCAGCUGUUCUGCGUGUGUUAUGCCCUGGUAGGGAUUCCCAUGUUUGGUUUCCUGCUGGCUGGUGUCGGGGACCACAUGGGGACGGGUCUGAGGAAGGCUGUGUGGAAGAUGGAGACACUCUUCCUGAAGCGGCGGAUCAGUCCCACCUAUGUACGGAUCAUGUCUGCUGUUCUGUCCAUCCUGAUUGGCUGUCUGAUCUUCCUCGCCGUGCCAACGCUGGUGUUUAAGGAAGUGGAGGACUGGUCCUUUCUGGAGGCGCUCUACUUUGUGGUCAUCACCCUCACCACGGUCGGCUUUGGAGACUACGUAGCAGGUGCUAACCGGAGGGACGGAGAUCUGUUUAAGCCCCUGGUGUGGCUCUGGAUAGUGUUUGGCCUGGCUUACUUUGCCUCUAUACUCACUAUGAUCGGGAACUGGCUGAGGGUGCUGUCCAAGAAAACACGUGCUGAGAUGGAGGAGUUGAGGGCCCAUGCUACAGACUGGACCCAGAACAUCCAGAACAUGUCCAUGGACUUCCGGAUCCCCAACCCUCUGGACCUCAACGACCCCUUCCUGCUGCAGCGGCGCCGCUGGAAACGCAGCACCCGGCGGCGGGUCCGCAGGGGGGCGCUGGGGCACCACGGCAGGCAGGGCGUCAUAGGGGAGAAUGGACAUCUGCCCAAUAGGUGGGUCUCCCACACCCGCUCCAUGACCCGUCUGGAGGUUGUGAGGUUAGGGGGGGGCGAAGUUAGGAAUGAGGGGACGAGGUUAGGACCAGGGGCGGUGCUAGGGGCGGAUUCCAGAGUCAGUGCGAGGUCAGAGGGCAGGUCGUUGGGCCGGACGGUGGCGAGGUCGCUGUCGAUGCCUGCGGCACGCUCUGUGAUGGAGUUAGAUUAUGACCUUGAUCCUGUUGCUAUGAUGAUGCUGCAAGGGGAGUCUGUGUCACUGUCCGAGUCUCCAGAGUCUGACUCCAGAUCAGAAGUCUCCUCCUCUGACUUUCAUACCUAUGACAUGUGUACACCAGGGCAGGGGAUAACUUUUGCCAGUUUUGACGCCAGUGGGUCUCUCUGUACUGUGAGGGGAAGCCAGGGAGGAUCCAGGCAGGUAUUUUUCCAGGAGGAUGUCCGGUUCCCUGUGCCUCUCCAGCAGCUCCCCAAGUCCCACAGCCCCACCAAGCCCAUCCCUAUGUCGCCCAUAUUCUCUGUGAAACCCAUGCCGCUCCCCAUGCCCACCCCGCCAGGCUGCAAAAUGCUAGAUUUCUUCGGGGAGAACUUGGCCUACAUUGACGAGUCGUCGGACACGUUGAGUGACAGGAACCAGCCGGUUGAGGAGGCUGUCAGUCCUCGCCCCCGUAAGCCCCGCAGGAGGAGCAUAAGGAGGCAGCUGCCCCACCGGAGCCCCCUGAAGGAGAGGAGGGACAGUGACAUGCAGCCCCCCUCCAACCCCCCGACACCUCCCCCUCUCAGAGACUGAGAGUAACAUGCAGUCCCCCUCUAACCCCCCUCCCCACCCAACCCCCUCUCUCCCAUCUCAGAGACUGACACAGUAA